AUGAUUUUGCCCGAGCAUUCUGAGGUUAGCGGAGUAUUUCACGAUGCAGUAAUGGAAGCUUUGCGGCCCAUGGGGCUUAAUAAAGCAGCAAUCCUCAGAUAUGGAGGGGCAAGCACCAAUGUCGGCGGCGGAAACACGAAACAGCCGGACUGGGGCUGGGGCCCCAGGCGGCGUCCUCGUGGUGUUGCGGACCGGCCCUCGGUAGUCCUGGAGGUUGGCCUUUCAGAGCCCGAAACAAAAUUGCGCAACGACGCAAGAAUGUGGGUGGAUCCCACCAGGGGGGAAGCAAACAUGGCCAUCACCAUCAAAGUCAACCGCCGGAGGCCCAUGAUCACAAUCCAGACGUGGGAAUGGGAUUCCAAUUCCCAGCGGCCCCAUGUCACACAAUCCUGUGUGAUAGAGAAGACUGACGACAAUAUCACCGUCUCGCAACACACUCUAACCAUCCCAUUCAAUCUGCUCCUCCUCCGAGCUCCUUCUAUUCCUCGAGAGACUGAUAUCCGAUUACAAAAGCAGGACCUUAUAGAAAUUGGAACUGGGGUCUGGGAGAUGCAAAAGCUGUGA